AUGGCACCAAACAAUGUAUUGGUUGUAGGUGCUCCCAAAUCGGGAAAAAUCCGUCUAGCGCAGCAUAUUUCUGGUGACUACGAUACCCAUACCAUUCAGAUCGACUCGCAUAGUGGACUAAUAUACACAUUUGAUUUGACUACCAAGUACUUCAACGUCAAUCUCAACAUUUUAAUUGAAGAGUUUCCAGAUGAUCGCAGUGACGUGGAAAAGGAUACUGUUAUUUGUUUGGAAGAAUGGACCAGUGAGUUCUCCAGUGACGAAUUUGUAGAGUUACGUGAAGCUUUAGAUGGGUUGGUAUAUACAUUUACUAUGGAGGAGUUGGACAUGGAAAAAUUCGAGAAGCAGCUUGAAUUUAUCGGGAAAAUUAAAGAACUAAUAGGUGAAGAAGCGUUUUUUGUGGUUGCUGGGGCAGCAGGUGGCGAGGUAGAAUCUCUGAUAGUAGAGGAAAUCGAAGAUCAAGUAAUUGCCAAUGGAUUUGAGUUUGUCAAUCUACAAGAAAGUGGAAUGAACGAGUACAGGGAGAAGGUUGGAAAAGAUCGUCUAAUGGAGAUUUUCGAAACACACGACUGGUCCAACAUGGAGAAGACAGUUCAGCCGGAAGAGUAUACUUCCCAUAAGAAAGAAAAGAUGCCUGAGAUGGCCAAGGGACUUUUGGAGGUUGAAGACGCGGAUGACCCGGAUUUUGACCUCGAACGUAUGUUGCAAAAAUUGCGAGUUGAUAAGGAGAAGGUUCGGGCAUUAGAUGAUAAGGAGAAGAAGGACUAUGUGGAUAAACUAGUGGAGGAAUACCUUGAGUAUUUCUAG